AUGGGCUUCGCGUUCUGGAAGGGUAACCAGUUUCCGGUGGAGGGAAAGACAGUUCUCCUCACCGGUGCCUCCCAAGGCAUGGGCAGAGAAGUCGCCAGGCUACUCUCUGCUCGCGGCGCAAACCUCGUCCUCGUUGCCCGCACCGUCAAGAACCUCGAGUCGGCUGUCGAAUACGCUCGGAGCUACGCAAAGAACCCCUCGGCCCAGCGUUUCCACUACAUCUCCGCCGACGUAUCGAUUGAAGAGGAAAACACGCGGAUUGUCGCUGAAGUCACCGCCUGGAACAACGGUGCAAUGCCUGAGAUUGUCUGGGCAAUCGCUGGUGCUUCGAUACCAGGACUCUUCGUGGAGACCAGCACAGAGACCAUGCGCAAGCAAAUGGACUUGAACUACUUCUCAGCUGCAUACCUUGCACACAAGACGCUGAAGGCCUGGUGGUACCCUGACACACCGUACUCGCCGCAGGACAAGAGCGCCGUCUCACAAGGAACACGGCACUUCAUUCUCACGUCCUCGGCUGUUGCAUUUGCGGGUCUGGCAGGCUACACCCCCUAUUCGCCCGCGAAAGCCGCGCUGCGCUCGCUAGCAGACGGUCUGCGCUCAGAAGUCCUGCUCUACAAUGGAGCGCGUCGAAGCCAGGUUGCUACUGGGCAAACACCUGCACCGUUCGAUGUCGACAUUCAUGCCAUCUUCCCCGGCUCUAUUCUAUCUCCCGGCUUUGAGAAUGAAGAGAAGACGAAGCACCCUGUAACACGCCUCCUCGAAUCCUCAGACCCUAAGCAGACUGAGACGGAAGCUGCUACUGCUGCCGUCAGAGGGCUGGAGAAUGGUAACUACAUGACUACCACGAAUUGGCUGAUAAGUCUGCUACGCUGGGGUUCCAUGGGAAGCAGUCAGAGGAACAAUAUUGUUGUUGACACAGUCAUGGCAUGGAUCACGACUAUCAUUUGGCUCGUCAUGGUACCAGACCUGAACAGCAAGGUCUGGGGAUGGGGAAAGAAGGAGGGUAUGCCGAAGUUCAGACAGAAUGCCCAGUAG